CAAUGAGACUUGGCAAACUAUUUCCGUUCUUCAAAUUGUUGACGAAUCUUGAGCAAACACACAGAGGAGACAGCUAAGGGUACUCACUAUUUUCAGGCCAACUUUGUCUGAAGGAAUCCUCAGGCCAAAAUCAGGACCUGUGAGCAGAGACUUGCACGAAGACUCGGGAUUGUAAUUUGUGUCGAGAAUUUCACCUCCCCUGUCGGUUUGAACGAAACAGCAUGAAUUUCUUUCAGUAAGAACGUACAGCAUUCUCAGGUCGCAGUGACCAUUGUGCCAAAAAAAAAUUUGUCGCAGUGACCACGCAGUAGUAGCACGCACGGCCACACCAUGCCGUAUCCAUCGGCUUCCCAACCGAUACAGCAACACGGCCGCGGCACCAAACCUUACCGCGAACACGGCGGGGAACAUGGCGUCGUCGUCGUCCACGCCGACCCCCACCGCUGGCGCGCGGCCCAUGCCCAUCAUAUGCCCCUCCUCCUCAUUCCCAGCUGCCUCCUCGCGUGGUCUCAUCUCUCUUUGCGGCACCUCGAGGGCUUCCUCCGUCUCCUUCCAGCGACGGCGAGAAUCCCCUCUCAUCGGAAGGCGGCGCCAACCGAGCCCCACCCGUUGCUCUGACGGCUCCGGCAAGGUUGACGCACUUAAUAUUGAAGAAACCAAGCAGCCACUAGGAAGCUCCACUGGCACAAGAAAUUAUGGCAAAGAUUUUUUGAGAUUUUUCCAACCCAAAGAGUUGCUAGAAAAAUUGAAAAGAUAUGGUGCUGCUGGAGUUUUGGCAUAUGGACUGCUUAAUACCGUGUAUUAUGUCACAACCUUUCUAUUAGUUUGGUUCCGCUUUUCUCCUGCUCCUGGUAGAAUGGGUUAUGCUGCGGCAGUGGAGAGGUUUCUUAAAUUAAUGGCAAUGGUAUGGGCUGGCAGUCAAGUUACUAAAGUUCUUCGGGCAGGAGGAGCCCUGGCAAUGGCUCCGUUUGUUGAUAGAGGGCUGAAAUGGUUCACAGUCAAGUUCCAUUUCAAGUCAGAGGGAAAGGCAUUUGCCACAAUCGUAGGGUUGUGCUUUGCACUUGCUGCCGUCAUGUUCGUUGGAUUAACAGUACUUUGGGCAUAGCGCAUCUGUUGCUGACGGCUGAGGGAUCAUGGCAAGAUGCUGCGGAGGUACAGGGGCAUAGGUUUCCGGACUUAACUAAUGGGCGUACGACACCUUCAACAUAAAUAUAUUCCUGUAUCAAGAUCCUGUCGGGCAUGUGUUUAGUAGACCUAGCGCAAACUGAUCAGCCUGUGGUGUGGAGAUGUAAUCUGUUCUGAUGUUCAGAAAGCCCCUGGAUUCAAACAUCA